AUGACUUAUCCACAACAAGAACAGCAGCAACAGCAACAGAAAAAGGCUGGAGGCGCAUUCAACAGCAGCAGCGAUGAAUUGUUCGAGGAGGAAGAUGAUGAUGAUGACGACGACGAUGAUGAUGACGAGGAAGAUGAACUGCAGCGCAAGCAACAGCAGCAGCAGCAGCAGCAACAACAGCAGCAGCAGCUGAAAAAUAGCGUUAAAAUUAAUGUGCCUAAUAUUGUAAAUAAUGAUGACAAUGAUUCCGAGGAACAUGUAGAAGUGGAUGUUGUUACUGUGACACCAAUAACCCCGCAGCACCAACAACAGUUGCAACAGCAACAACAGCAGCAGCAACAACUGGUGUCAGCAGCAACAGUUGUCGAUCAGGGUAUGCGACCGGAGCACCAUGCACGCCGUCCCAUGAACGCAUUUCUCAUAUUCUGCAAGAGGCAUCGUGCCAUUGUCAAGGAGCGCUACAAGUCCCUGGAGAACCGAUCUAUUACGAAAAUACUCGGGGAUUGGUGGGCCGCACUGGAUGAACAGGAAAAGCAAUGCUUCACCGAUCUGGCACAGCAGAACAAGGAUGCUUUUUUCAAUGCCAAUCCCAAUUUUAAAUGGUACAAACUGCCAGCACCGCCGCUGCGCACGCUAGCCACGCGUCCCAGCAAUGCUGUCGCCGCACAUCCCAACGAGGAGCACCAACAACAACAGCAGCAGCAACAACAACAACAACAGUUGCAGCCUCAGCAGCAGCAGCAUCUCCACUGGGAGCCCAAUGAGGUGGCGCAUCUGCUGCGUCGCAAUUACUUUAAAUUUGCGGAUGAGACGCAAAUGGGUGAAUUGAGUGCGCUCCUCAGCGCCAAAGCGGUCAAUGUGCGUGACAAGGAAUAUGCUCUGCAGCAGGCGCUAAGCGAGACAACACAAUUUCUAAGCGCCCACAUGCCCAACAACAACAACAAUAACAGCAACAAAAUCAAGCGUGGACUGCAGCCAGCCGUGGACAGUGCAAGCAAUUCAAGUGAGGAGGAGGAACGUGGCACGCCCAGCAAGAAGCUAAAAUCGACGCGCAGCUGCAAGGGCAAAAUAUAUCAGGAGCUAAUCAAUUCGGGCCAAUUGGCGGCCAUUGCCAAGAAGAGUAAAUGCCGUUCAAAUAGUGGUAGCAGCAGCAGCUGCACAACCGAUGCAACCAACAGCAGCACGCCACCUGUUUCACCCAUUGCAGCAGUGGCUGCAACUGCAGGAGCAGCAGCUGCAGCAGCUGGCAUUGCAGAUUGCCAGCUGGAGCUGGAGCUGGUGGAUGCGUCGGCGACGGCGCCUGCGACAAGUGCCACGAGCGCGAGGCGCAGCAAUUGCGAUGAAUUUGAUUUGGAAGAGAAAAUCAAGGAGCUGCCGGCGCUCAGCUUGGAUGCAUAUUUGCAGCGCAAGCGCAGCACCAAAAAGAAGAAGAAAUUCAGCAGCAGCAAGAAACAGCGCAACUCCAAUUCCAACAGCAGCAGCAGCGGCACAACAACAACAACAGCAGCAGCAGCAGUUGGAGUAGGAACAGAAACAGGAGCAUGCACACCAGGAGCCGGUCUCGUCAAGAAAGCUGCAACAAAAAGCGAAUCGGAAAAAUUGCAUGCAGCUGCUGCGGCUGCGGCUGCUGCAGUGGGCAGCCAGAAGCGAAAGGCGCGCAAGGAGAGCAUCACGCGCCGUGACGUCAGCGCCAUCGAGCAGGAGGUGGCCUCCAUUCUGCCGCUGACCAUCAAUGGCUGUUACUACUUUAAUCAUCAGACCCAGUCGCCGGCACAGUUGCAGUCGCCACGCGCACACCCAGCAACAGCAGCAGCAGCAACAACAGCAGCAACAACAGGAGCAGCAACAGGAGCAGCAGCAGCCACGCUGGUAAAGCAGGCCUCCUCCUCCUCCUCCUCGCCGCUGUCAACGGCAUCGUCAGCGUCAUCGUUGACGCUGUCCGCGUACGAGCAGCCCGCAUAUGAUGCGACCUCUACCUCAGAUCUACUCAUUCUGGCCGAAGUGGCCGCCAAUCGCACCGAGCUCUCCAAGUCCAACUAGGAGCAGCAACGCCCACUUGUUAGUUGUUAACCGCAGCGCGCAUCAAAUUGACAAAAAAAAAAAACAAAUCAAACAAAAAAAAAGCAUUUUGUUGCG